UGUAAAAACGGUGGAAAAUUAUUACUCAGAAGUUUCUGUCAGUGUCCAAGUGAUUUUUAUGGUACAUUUUGUCAGCAUCUGUCGCAAAAUAGAUCUUGUGGUAGAAUUAUGCACGGUGCCUGGAUGGAAUCAGAUUGUAAUAUAUGCCGCUGUUAUGAUGGCUUAUUCCAUUGCAUUCCC